AUGAGGAGAUCGAUUGCGACGGGGAAGAGAUAUUUCCAACUGGCCAGAGGUAAUCCCGGAAGCGUUCCUGCUCUUUAUUGGAGACGAUCUUUUUCUGAUUACAGAGAAAAACUGAGUAGACGAAAUGGGAAAUUACAGGAUUUGAAGUUAGACGAUGCGAUUGGUUUGUUCGGUGAUAUGGUUCAGUGUCGUCCUUUGCCUUCAAUUAUUGAUUUCAGUAAAUUGUUGAGUACCAUUGCCAAAAUGAAGAAGUUUGAUGUUGUCAUCUCCUUGGGCGAGCAGAUGCACAAGUUGGGGAUUUCUCAUAAUCACUAUACUUACAGCAUUUUGAUUAACUGUUUUUGUCGACGCUCUCAAGUCUCUCUUGCUUUAGCUAUUUUGGGGAAGAUGAUGAAACUCGGCUAUGAGCCUAGCAUUGUCACGCUUUCUUCGCUUCUCAAUGGAUACUGCUGCCACAGUAUGAGGAUUUCAGAGGCAGUUGCUUUGGUUGAUCAGAUGGUGGAAAUGGGAUAUCAACCCAAUACGGUUACAUUUAACACUCUGAUUCAUGGUCUUUUUCUCCACAACGAAGCUUCCGAAGCUGUGGCUUUAGUUGAGCGGAUGGCUGAGAAAGGUUGUCAACCAGAUCUGGUUACUUACGGUGUGGUGGUAAAUGGAGUAUGUAAGAGAGGUGACAUUGAUUUGGCUUUAAGUAUUCUCAAGAAGAUGGAGAAAGGAAAAUUAGAGGCUGGUGUUGUAAUCUACAACACAGUCAUCGAUGCUCUUUGCAAAUACAAGCAUGUGAAUGAUGCGCUUGACCUAUUCAACGAAAUGGAGAACAAAGGAAUUAGAGCCAAUGUUGUUACCUACAACUGCCUCAUUAGUUGCCUUUGUAAUUACGGAAGAUGGACUGAUGCCUCUCAACUACUUAGAGAUAUGAUUGAGAGGAAAAUCAACCCAAAUGUAGUCACUUUCAGCGCCUUGAUCGAUGCGUUUGUCAAAGAAGGGAAGCUUCUAGAAGCUGAGAAAUUGUAUGCGGAGAUGAUUCAAAGGUCUAUCGAUCCUGAUAUUGUCACGUUCAAUUCAUUGAUCAACGGGUUUUGCAUGCACGAUCGUCUAAACGAGGCCAAGCAUAUGUUUUCUUUGAUGGAUUUUGUAAGUCUAAGAAAGUAG